CAAAUUAAUCGGUGACAACCAGUGACCUCUUCCAAUAAUGCAGCUUAUACAGCAAACUACUUGAUCCGAUAUCCGUAGUUUUCGCGCUCUUUCGAAGCAACAACGUGAUUGUAGGUUGACAACCGUUAAUGAAUAGCCAGUUAACACUGUCAAAUGGUUUGUCGACUGAAUUUCGGCCUCUAACUUGAACUGUCAGUACACCUAAUUCAAAUUUGCAAGCGAUGCCAGACGUGGAACUAAAUGGAAUCACGAUUAGUUUUCCAUUUGAGCCAUAUGAUGUGCAGAAACGAUACAUGGAAAAAGUCAUCGAAUGCUUACAGGAUGCAAAACACGGAGUCUUGGAAUCGCCAACAGGAACUGGUAAAACUUUGAGCCUGUUGUGCUCAUCACUAGCAUGGCUCGAAGUAAAAAAGGCACAACUCCAGGGACAAGCCAUGAUGGGAUCUAUGGAAAAGCCCAAUUUUGGAGGAGACUUCUUUGAAAGCUUAACAAAAGGAUUAGAUAAAGCAGCUGGAAAAUCAGAUCAAUCUACACCUAAUUUCACCUGGGGAAUGCCCAAAAUUAUUUAUGCAUCUAGAACGCAUUCCCAAUUAUCACAAGCUAUGCAAGAGCUCAAAAAGACCGCCUAUAAACACGUAAAAGUCGCGGUAAUUGGAUCUAGAGAUCAACUUUGUAUUCAUCCUGAAGUAUCGAAAGAGAUCAACAGCUCGAUUAAAAUUAACAUGUGUCAGGCUAAAGUUAGAGCUCGUACUUGCUUCUACUAUAACAACGUUGAUGUCAGGAAAACAGACCCUCUUUUUCAGCAUGAAAUUCUUGAUAUUGAAGAUCUGGUAAAAGCUGGUCAAAAACUCAAAUGCUGCCCUUAUUUCUUAUCUAAAGAGUUGAAGCAGUCAGCUGAUAUCACUUUUAUGCCAUAUAAUUAUAUAUUGGAUCCAAAAACGCGGAAAGCACAAGGUCUUGAGUUACAGAACAACAUCCUCAUUUUAGACGAGGCGCACAAUGUUGAAAAAACUUGUGAAGAGUUUGCUUCGUUACAAGUAAGCAGUACAGACAUAGCCCUUUGUAUAGAUGAAAUCACAGCUGUAAUGAAAGACAUUGCAGACGAAGCAAAUUUAGGGGAAGGUGCAUUCGAUGGAAUGUCUGGCACGCAGAAAGACUUUACACCGGAAGAUCUGUGUAUUUUAAAAACAAUGUUUCUUGAGUUUGAAAAGACUAUCGAUGCUAUAGAAAUUAAGAAACGAGACGAAGGAGAAACCUUUCCAGGUGGAUACAUCUUUGAUCUUCUUGAAAAAGUCGAGUUGAGUCAUGGAAAGGAGACGUUAGUAAUUGACAAGUUGGAUAAAAUCAUACUAUACUUAACAACAACCAGUACGUCUCCAUUCACGAGAAAAGGAAAUGCCUUGCAGAAAUUCAAUGACCUUCUCAGAGUUGUCUUCAGUGGCGGACAAGCAUCACCACAUCAUAGGGAACGAGUGAAACAUUGUUACAAGGUGCACAUAAUGCUGGAAGAGGUGAAAAAAGCUCGAAAGAAUGAUGGUUGGGAAUCUAUGAAAGUAGUUUCGAAAAAUGAGGGAAAAUUAAUCAGCUACUGGUGUUUCAGUCCUGGAUUUGGAAUGCAGCAAAUCGUGGAACAAGGGAUUCGGUCAAUUGUUCUAACCAGUGGCACUUUGUCCCCUCUUAAACCACUCAUAUCUGAAUUAGGUAUACCUAUUGGUGUGCAGCUCGAGAAUCCACACAUAGUAAGCAGCCGCCAAGUAUGUGUUGGUGUUUUAAGCAAUGGUCCUGAUGGACAUCCAUUGAAUUCCUCAUACAAUACACGAAAUGAUCCAAAAUAUAUCGCUACUCUUGGACGAACGAUCUACAACUUCAGCUGCCUGAUACCACAUGGUAUGCUAGUCUUUUUCCCAUCAUACCCUAUUUUGAAGAAAUGCCAAGAGGAUUGGCAAAACUCUGGAAUGUGGACAAAAAUAUGUGAAAGAAAGCCAAUUUACGUCGAAGGACAACUAAAACACGUUUUCAUAAAUACCAUAAACGAGUUCUACGAAAAAAUUCAAGACCCGUCUUGUAGGGGUGCAAUUUUUAUGGCUGUCUGUCGAGGCAAAGUUAGUGAAGGUUUGGACUUUGCCGACAUGAAUGGUCGAGCUGUUUUAGUAACAGGUCUUCCAUUCCCUCCGUUAAAAGAUCCGCGAGUUAUCCUAAAGCAAAGGUACUUAGAAGAAAAGAGAAGCAGAGAGAAAGAGUCGCUAACAGGCCAACAAUGGUACCAGUUAGAAGCCUCUCGAGCAGUAAACCAAGCCAUCGGUCGUGUAAUCCGGCAUAAAAAUGAUUAUGGGGCAAUUAUCCUUUGUGAUUGUAGAUUUGAAAAUCCUAAUUUCAGAAAUCAAUUAUCAGCGUGGCUGCGACCUAAUAUACAAAAGUUCACUAAUUUUGGCACUGUCACAAAAGAGCUGAGAGAAUUCUUCCGAAGUGCAGAACGUGAUUUGCCACAACCAAAAAUGAAGGAUGGAUCUAGUUUCGACACCCAACAGAUCGCCUUACCAGCAGUAGGUGCCUCGUUCGAUGAAACGCACUCUCGAACUAAUUCAUCGAAAGCAAAUCAAAGACCUCUCAUGGAUUCAGCACCGAUAGACGAUUUUAAUCUACAGAUCUACGCAGAGGCUACAUCACAAGAGUCAAAAAUCAGUCAAACUGAUAAGAAAGAUAUUUUCAGUUUGCUAGAAACAAGAUCGAAGCCUGUGAUAGAUUUUAACAAUUGUAAAUCGAACGUCCACUGGGAGAGAUGUGAACUUACGAGGGAAAUUGACACACCAGUUGCAAAAAAAAGGAAAAUUCAAAUUGUGGGAAUGAAGAUUGACGUGUCCCAGCCUUCAACAUCGUCGGAAUUGCCUGCAGCUCAAGUUUCUAAUACCCAGACAAACGACGAAAAUGCUACUGAAACAAAAAAAUUAGUCAGCAUGGAUAGAAAAAAAAUUGGCAAGACUUACUUGAAAGAUGUCAAGCAAUCUCUAACGGAUGAAAAAUACAAGAAAUUUACAUUGAUGGUUCAAAGUUACACAAGAAAUGCCGAUUACGAACAACUUUUAACAACAUUGGAAUUUCUUUUUCCCAAAGCUGAUAAUCUUCACCAUUUGUUUGAAGGUUUCAAAACUUUUUUAAAAAAGGAGCACAAAGCGGAAUUUGAAAGACACAUUAGUCACCUAGAAAGCCUGGAUCUGUGAAAGCAUUAACCCGUCCAAUUUUACGAGUCGUUCAUCAUCACUUCAUGCAAAAGUAACUACAGUACUCGUUAUAAAUCACAAUUCUGUAAUUGCUAAAGUGGCGUCACUAAAAAGUAAUUAUUUUUCUAUCGAAGUUUAGCUUUCAUCAUUUCAUAUCUAAUCACCACUGACCACCCAAAUGUAGAUUUUUAUAAAAUAUUGAUUGGAUCCCAAGCUAAUGUCAUUCAUGAAUGUUUAUUAUAAUCAUUCAUAUAUGGGUACAAAAAUUAUUAGUUGCUUGAUAAUUCAUAGCAAUUUGAAUAGCAUUACUUUCAAGUCAUUCGUUUCACAACUGUCUCCAUCCGUAAUAUUUAACAAUCAAAUAAUCAGUUGCAUAUUUGUCGAAUAUUAAUUACAAUAUUCAGUUAUUUUUCGACUAGCAUGAUUACGCAGUUCACAGUUUAA